AUGCAACAUUGGGCGCGCUUCCCACCGUGGAAGCCUCUCGCUAAGCACGCCAAAUCGCCCAAUUUUGCAUGCCAGGACUACGCCCAGCGUGAACAUCUCUUUAUGAGAUGGAAAGAAUACUUCUUGGUGCCGGACCACAAGGUCAAGUCCAUCACUGGAGCGAGUUUUGAAGGCUUUUACUACAUCUGCUUCAACCAGCGCAACGGCUCUGUGUCUGGAAUCUAUUUUCACUCUCGCAGCGAAAAGUACGUUAAUACUCCAGCGAAACAUAUCUUAUCAGGACAACAGCGCUGA